GACAAAAAAAUAUAUUGGAAAAGUCGCAAUUUGCUUGUUUGCUCGACAGUCGACGAAUGUCUCGCACCGUGCUCGAUGGUUGGGUGACCGUAAUUGUUUACGAUCUGCGCUCGCCGUUGUCCGUCGAACGUUUAACGCUUGAGAAAAUAUGAUUUGAUUUCGUCGGUAUGGAACGACAAAGGCCAAAAACUCGCUCUCCGUCUGAGACCAAACACCCGGCCAAAAUAUAUGUUGAAGAACCAGAACCUAUAGACAAUGUGCUCAAUUCUUCUGCAGUGGAUGAUGUUGAAAAUGCUCUUCACGAAGCAUUCAAUGAUAUUUUUUUAAGUACAGAACUUUCAAAAGAAGUUAAUGAUAGUGUCAGUUAUUUAAAUAAUGACACUACUAAAAUAUCUGAUACAGAGAACGUUAUUGAAGAAUCUACAGCUAAAAAUAUAACACCUUCAUCUAUUCUACCGAUUUCAAUUCCUUGCUCUGUUGGUUCAUUACCAACUCCUUGUGCUCCAAUAUACAAUGAAUUAUGUAGUUCACCAAUUAAUGAAACACCUUUUGAAUCUUUAACUCCAUUUAACGAUGAACAACUGGCAGAAUAUUAUCAAAAUAAAUUAUUAUUUGGAUUACAAGAGUGUAUUGAAGAAUUUAAUCAUACAGAAUUAAAAUUUUUCCAAAUUUGUGAACAUCCACUUUACACAUUACUUCAAGAUUAUUUACAUGCAAGACUUAGACUUGAAAGCACUAAACAAGAAAUUAAAGAAUCAAAAUAUUCAUACGCUACACAUGAAAAACAUAUCUGGGCAUUAGAACCAGCCACAUAUACACAGUAUGGUGAAUGCCAAGAUGGUAAUCCAGUAUCGGCUACUAAGAAAUAUGAUAUAUCUAGAUUCAACCAAGUAGCUUUAGAUAAUUUAGUUGUAUCUCUGAAACAGUUACGAACUUUAGUCCAUAACUAUUAUUGUGCCUUAUAUGAUUGUCAAAUGAUCAAAGAGAAGAUUGACUAUUAUUUGCAUGUAUUAUGUCAACCUUUUUCUACUUUGUCUGCUGAUACACCUGUGGGACUCUUUCUCAAUUCUGAUGUAAGAAGUCUACAAGGAAAAAAUCUUCAGUCACCUAUCAAUGAUCUCAAGUCUUCCAUUUCAAUAUUAUUUUUAUACCAAAGAAAAAUAAUUAACGACAAAGUUUUUAUUAAUGAAACUAAAAAAUUAUUGGUCAAAAUAAUUGGUGUCUUACUUCGAGUUGCUUCAUGGAAGGAUCAUUUCUUUAUAAUGAAUCAUAUUUUGAGAUGUCAAACAGGUGUUGGGAAAUGGGCCAACUCUUUUAUCCAAAUACCUUUGAUUGAUUUAAACCAUCAAGAUGAUAACUUUCAUUUAGAUUACAUUAUUACAUCAUUGGCUAUUAUCUUACUGCCAGUCCAAUCUCGAGAAAAAUUUUUAGAACAAAUUUAUAAAAGUGAAGGAGAUACUAAUGAAUCUAUAUGGGUAGUAGUAGACAGCGAAGGAGAAGAAGAUAGUUCAGGAAGUUCUCAACAAACACUCCGUGAGAGUGAUAUUAUUGCUUUUCUCAAUCAAAUGCCAUUUUCAGUGCUCUUUAAAAAAAUGAUUAUGUUUUCUGAUAAUGAAAAUGUUGUACGUAUAAACUUGUGGAAUGAACACGACUUAUUAAGACUGAUUGCUGUUGGCAGCGUUUUGGUUAAAUUAUUUAAAUCCGGUUUGGAAACUUAUAAUUCUAAAAGUACCGAAUAUAAACAAUUUUCAAAACGACUUGGACAUCUACUUCAGGAUACUGUAAACUAUGUUACUGAUGUAUUAGAAGAAUAUAAGAAUCAUAAGUUUAUGUCUGCUAGAAUACAAACAGAAUAUGAUGCAUUCUUGUUCCGUGCCGUUAGUUGUUUGUACAGUAAUGUUGAUAGAACUACUUGGCAGUAUUUAGUGAUGUUGCCAUUUGGACAAGUAUCUUCUCAAAUGGUAGUGCAUCUCUUCCAAUACGUACUACACAUUAAAUCAGAUUUCAAUGAGUGUUCAUUAGAAGAACUCUCAGAAUGCAUUAUAAAUACUUCCGAUGAUGAAUGUUACUAUUUAUUAACAGCCAUUAGUAAUAUGGCCUUAAGUAGAUACAUUAAUGAUAUAGACUUUAUAAAAGCAGUGACUAUUUGUUUAUUUAAAAUUGGAUUUGUGAGUAAAACAACUAAAGAACAAUGUCGUAAAACUUGUCGAACUUUGCUUACACAUUUAUCUGAUAAACAUCCAUUUCUUAUUUCUGAAAUUAUAAGUGUACUUAAACAUAAUUUUGAUGAGGUUGGCUCGGGUUCUUUGUAUCUUUUUAAAACUCUUCAAUUACCAAAUUGGAAUAUAACCAUGGAUGACUUAUCUUAUUUAGAACAUUUGAUACUCAAUCAUCCAAUUACAUCUACAGAAAAUUCCUUAAGACGCCAUAUACUUGCAAAGAUAUUUUCGGGAUGCAAUGAGAAUGAUAUUAAUGAUUUUAUGUUGACUAAAGAUAUGCACUGCCGUAUAGCAAACAUUAUUGUCAAAGCUGUUGUACAACAUGCUCCCAUCACUGUAGAUGAAACUUCAACUCAAUAUUUAGUUCACAGUAUAAAACAAUUGGUACAAAUUAAGUCAAACGAACAAGCUUUUCGAGUAUGGACAUGGAAAGUACUAUACACAUUAAAACUCCACUUAAUGGACUUACCAGAUAUAAUAGUGCGUGGCUCAUUACAAGACUUAAGUCAUUAUUUACUUUCUGUAAUUGAUAUUGAUACUGAUAAUAACGACAUAAAAUAUUUGCGUCACGAUGACCCAAUCGCUCUAUACACUGCUAUACAUGUAACCACAGCUGGCCAUUGUAUUCCAGUUAUACUAACCAAGGGUUUAGAUUAUUGUUAUCGAUUAUUACAAUACAGACACUAUACAGCUACUAUAGCUUGUCUGAAUAAGAUAGUUCCAUUCUUUUUUGAAAACCCAGAUUGUCUACUAGAAUCUAAAAAGUUUAUUACAAUUGUAGCAGGCAUUAUGGCAGAUAAUAGGAAUAGUACCACAAAACGUGCUAUGAAUUUAUUGAGUGUUCAAGGGCCGUCUGAAAUCACUUUACAAUUUACUAAUAUGAUUCAGUACCAAAUAUCAAAUUAUGCACGGUAUGGAUUAAUAAGUCCUCAUUCCGUUAUGGACCUUUGGACUAAAGUGGUGUGUGCUGUAUGGAAAGAAGCAGAUUCAGAUUUAUUUGUUUAUGUGUUGGAUACUGUAUUCAGAAAUGUUUUUCGAACCCAAUCAAUCCAGUGGGCCCGAGAGCUGCUUAUAAGUUUGAUAACUCAAUUAAGUGGCUCCAAAGAAAAUGUUACGGCUAUUGGGUCAAUCCUUAAUUUUAUGUUUCAAAGUCCAGAAAAACGGCCACUUUUAUUACCCAAAUAUCCGGUGGUAUUGUAUUAUUGUCCAUAUUAUGCUCUGUUAGCAUUAGAAGCUGAAGAAUGGUGUAUCCAAGGUAGAAAUGAUAUUUGGAAAAACUUACUGAUAAAAUUACAUGCACAACAAGGAAAAUCAAAUGUAGAUGACGCACUUAAGAGAGUGUGUUCAGAACUAAAAGUACCUCAUUUUACAUCUGGACAUUUAGCUUUAUACCGGUGGAUGCAGUAUGGAUUGGAAAUGCCACCAGGUCAUCCUAUGACUUCUUUAUAUUGGCAAAAUUUUUUUAGAUUGUAUUUACAACGAGUUCCAGGAACUCAGCAAUUAGGCUGUGUUGGUCGCAAAUUUUUUGAAGGUCUUGUAAACUCACCAUAUCUGAAUAAAAUUAGUAAUAAACUUAAGGAGUGCAUUGAUUUUCAUCGCUCUAAGCUUCAAACUGAACCUAAUUCUGAAAUUGAUUUGCGUUUAUCGAGAUUUUAUGAAGCUUGUACUCUAUGGUUAACUGAUGUUCGGAUUCUUGAAUCUACCUUAUUCAUACCUUCAUUGGACUCAAUGUAUGAACCAAAUGACCUAACACAUAUUAUUAAUGGAUCUCAUGAGUGGUUGUCAGAUUUAAUCAAUCAUAAAUUAAUUGAAGAAAACAAACUUGAGUGUGUACAAAAUUGGUGUGAUUUAUUUGGCAAAAAGACUCUAAACAACAGUCAGUCUAAUAGAAGACUACCUUUAGAAAAGGAUCCUAUUACCAGAAUUAUCAACAGAUUGAAAUCUUAUGAUGAUCCUAUUAAAAGUCCAGAUUUUGUGUUACGACUGUCAGAUGUCCAGGCAAUAUCUGCUGAUAUGUUGUACCAUAAAGAACAUUUGCUAAAUAUUGUACAAUUAAAUAUUAAACAAAUUGUACAGUUCAUUAAUAGAAUGUACCGAAUGCAAACAGUGUGUCAUGAAAAUUUAGACAAUCGGUACAUUGAUGGUGUAAAAAUGGUUUAUGUCCAAAUAGAUUCUACUACCAGAGUUCAAGCAGUUUGUGAUUAUAAGACAAAAAAAGGCAGCACGAGUAGCUGCUGUGCUGGAGCAGCUGAAAUCACUUUUCAAAUUCGAGAAGCCAAGUUGAAUGCAGACGUGGUAGAAAUUAAUUCUAAUAACAGAUCAGAAUUGGACACAUUAAUUACUGAUAUUUUGGAAAAUCCAAUGCCACGUUCAUUAACAACAGCAUGUACUACAAUAGAUCUAGUUAUUCAGUUAAUAUUCAAUGAAUACAAUGCAUUGAUAAAAAUAGGGGACAUUGCAUUAGUUACUGAUAUCCAAUCAUCAGGUGUUUUGUUGUUCUAUACACUCAUGUCUGAAUAUGCAAUUCUAAAAACGUGUCCUUCUAUUGAAAAAUUUAUGUUGACUAUGCUUCAAUCUAUUGGAAACGUAUAUAUUACUUUAAUCAUUGUUUUUAUACUAAAUAAUGAAAAUGAAUGUUUACGUAUACAGAACACAGCAUUUACCUACCCUGAACUAGCCGAUAUAUUGAUUCCUUUAUUUUCACCAUCUAGUGCAUCCACAAAUACUUUUAUGCAAGCUUACAAAAAUAUUGUUGACCAUUGCAAUGCUCAAUACGAGCCUAUUGCAUUAAAUUUACUUUCCAAAUUCAAUGUAUCUGUUUGUCUAUCAACCAAACAGCCUUUACUUCAAGAAAGGUCAAUAUUAAUGGAUUACUGUAUAGGAGCUUUAAUAUUAGUUAAACAACAAACACGGUCAGAUUACACAUGGUCUUUACAUGAAAUUUUUAGUCAACAUCUAUGUGAAAUAAUGAAUCAUGAUUUUCCUGAACAUUAUGGUGAAAUAUUACUAAAACUCUUAGAUCAUUCUAAAGAAGGUCGCAUUUAUUGUCAAGUUUGGUUCAAUAUCCUCAAUACAAUUUUAGCUCAAGCUGUACCUACAACACAAACAAAUUCUGUGAGAACAAUUUUAUUGCCAGGAAUGUCAUCAGAUCAGCUAAGAGACGUAGUUAGACGUUAUGCAACUGAUCAACGAUCUCUAAGUUCACAAGAACUUCAAGAGACUUUACAUCUUUUGACUACACAUUUUGCUAAUGAAAGAGUGAAAUCUGCUACUGGAGAGCUGUAUUCAAAAUACAAUGUAUAUAUUGAACCAUUGGUCGGCUUGUAUGCUAUGGUUACCCAUGCACUAGUUGUAGGAACAUUACAGUCUUAUCGUGGAAUGUUAGCAAAUAAAAUAUGCGAGUUUUUGUGUCCAACAUUAAUAAGCAUGUUUGGUCCAUGGUUGGAACCAUGGUAUGAGGGGUGGAACACUGAUCAUAGAUCAUUGAAACUACCUUGGUUGGCUACUGAUUCUUCAAUAUCUGCUUUAAUGGUUGAUGCAUUAGUGGAAUGUAUUACAUUUGUCCUAGACACCAUGCCAGCAUGUGAUAAUGUCUUAAGUUUUGUCUGUCAGUGGUAUAUAAAAAUGUUUGCUCAUAUUCAGACAAAUGAUUACAUUUUUGAGACAAUCCACUCAAAUCUUGAAAAGUUACCCUGGCAGAGAUUUAUACCAACACCUGUCGAUUUAGAUUUUAUAAUGAAGGUCAUGGACCAAUUUUUACCCCAAUCUCAAUGUUUUUUGGCAAAUGUAAUUUUGGAAAUACCUUGGCCACAUGUUCCAAAUCUUGAUCUUCGUAUACUGUUAUCACUGCUUAUAAAACUAUCUAAUCAACCUAAUAUGAGAAAAGGUGGAAAAAUUAGACCCCUUUUAUUAGAAGCACAAAAAUUUGCUUGGUACCAAAUUGAUGGGGAAACAUAUGAAAACAUUCUGAGUUGGUUUGUUUCAAAAUAUGAUCCAAUGAUUGUGCUUCAACUAAGUAAUGAAGAUUGGUGUGGCACAGAUUCUGCUGUGCUUGACCUCUUGAAAACAGCAGCUGGUUAUAAUAAUGUCGAUCAUAAUGCUCCAUAUGCAGAACCCAUGAUGUACAAAAGACGAAUAUUUAUUCGUGCAAUGGUAAGAAUGUUUAUAUCGCUUGCUUCGAGGUACAGGUCAGUGUUGGGUGGUCAUUACAAGAAUCUUAAAUGUGCUUUUCACCGUUUACUGGAUGAAACUGAAAUGGUCACUAAACAUGGUGAAGAGGCUAAACUAUUGGUCCUAGAGUUGUUGGUGUUAGUAAAUCAACCUACAGGUUCCAUACUAUCUUCCCUCAUGCUACAAACUAUUCAAGAGUGGAUUAGUCAAAGAAAAGCUGACUGUGCAGUAUUACAAGGUUUUUUAAUGGUUACUUGGGCUCAUGUUACUGAUCAGCAACAUAAAGGUGAUAUACUUGAAGCUUGUUUGACAUCAUGGUUUAAACAUGUUGGGAAUGAAAAUGAUUUUAAAUGGGAUAAAGUGUUAUCACUGGUUCAGCCUGUGCGUCUUCACUAUCAAGGAUUAGGUGAAGUAUUAAUGACCUCCAGUCAUUUACUUACGUUAUACACUCUGGCUCUAAAAGAAUCCCAAAAUCGAUCAGCAUAUCCUGACAUACUAAAUACUCUAGUACAGUGUCUAGAAUCAGUGAAACCUAAUAAUAUUACUGAAAACAAGUUGCCACUAUUGUGGUCUUUAGUCUUACGCUUAAGCACUGUUGAAGACGAUCAAACAGCUGAAUAUCUGUUACGAGUAGCUGGUUCAGCAGCACAAUUAGCUCAACAUAAACAGAGUUGGAGUUUGUUUGAUGCUAUCAGGUUACAGAAACAGACUAGUAUAUCCCCAAAAUGUCGUGUGAUAUGUCGAGCUCUGGUAGCUUUUAUACACUCACAGUUACCAGAAAACAAAUCCAGUCGUAAACAACAUAUAAGACAGGAAGACAACGCACCUGGUGGUUUCAUGUGUAAUGACAAUGAUUUUACAACAUCUAUAGAAUGUUUGAAAGCAAUCAGUAUUUUAGAGUCUUUAAAACUAGAUAGACAGUUUUCUGAUUCAAUUGUAGCCAUUGACAUGGCAUUAAAAAUGAUUAAAGGACCACAGAGUUCUAUGAAAACUGGUGAACUAUUCAUAAUUAAAUUGGCUAAAUGCUUAUAUACCGAUAGUUUUAUAUACCGUAUGGAACCCAUUUGAUGACAACAAGUUGGCUUAUCAUUAAUUUUUUUUUAUAUGUGUCGUCUGUGAUAUACUUAAUGUUGAAUAUUUAUUUUCAUUUUUAUUGACUACCCAUUUUUGUCAUUAAGUUACAUUAUAUUUUAAUAAUUUUAUGCUGUUUACUCUAAUAUAAAUUUAGAUAGUAAAUAUUUUGUUUUGUUUUUGAAUA